AGCUCUUCAUAUACAUUUGUUUUAAUAACUUCAUCAUCUUAAAAAAUCAUGCCCUUUUCAAGUAAAAAUGUGACGUCCACGGCAACAAAAAAACCAGGCUUCCUAAGAGAGAUUGUUUCUGGUGAUUGGGGGGCCACAACCAAAACACAGCACUUUGCCUUUGUUCUUCAAUCCCUCACCCAAAUGCCUAUAUAAUAUGGAGGCCUGUUUCAUGUAACCAUCUCAAAACCAGAGCGACACACAGAGAAAGCAUUCUUUUCUUCAACUUAAUUUGACUUUUGCAUUUCCCCCCCGUCCAAACACUGUCUUCUUCUUCCUUUUUCCUCUGGGUUUUGCUUCUGUGAGCUUCUGUACCUUUCCCUUUUCAACUAUAUCGAUUAAAGAGAGAAAUGGGUGUUGGUGGGACUUUGGAGUACUUGUCAGAUUUGGUGGGUAGUAGGCAUAGACACAACAAGAAGAAACAGCUUCAAACUGUGGAGCUCAAGGUCAGAAUGGACUGUGAUGGCUGUGAACGUAAGGUCAAGAAUGCCCUCUCUUCACUCAGUGGGGUGAAAUCUGUGGAGAUAAACAGGAAGCAGCAGAAGGUGACAGUUGCAGGGUAUGUUGACGCAAACAAGGUGCUGAAGAAGGCAAAGUCCACAGGGAAGAAGGCGGAGAUAUGGCCAUAUGUUCCCUACAGCUUAGUGUCGCAGCCUUACAUUGCUCAGGCAUAUGACAAGAAGGCACCAUCAGGGUAUGUCAGAAAUGUGGAGCACACUGUCACUACUGCUUCUGUUACCAAAUAUGAAGACCCUUAUAGCAACAUGUUCAGUGAUGACAACCCAAAUGCAUGCUCUAUCAUGUAACUUUUUUCUGCUAAAACAAGUCUCGUGUUUUGUGCCUCUCUCUAUCUCUCUUCUGCUAAAUUUCUGUCAAAAAACCAAUGAUUCUGGUAAUGAUAUGUAUGGGUUGUUAGUUGUUAACAGCUGAUGUAAGAGAUUACCUUAUUUCUGAUGUUGUUUAAAAGGAUGCAUGAUGUUAUAAUUUCCUGUUUGGG